AUGGCGGCCACGCUGCUGCUGCUCCUGCUCCUGCUCCUGCUGCUGCUGCUGGCGUUUGGGGGGGCGCGGGAGGGGUCCCCCCGGGGGGGGGCUCUGCACCUCCUGCACCCCCGGGGGGCGCUGCACCUGCUCGCCCUCGCCCGCCGCCACGGGCCUGCCCUGCGCAUGCGCCUGGGGGGCCACGAUGUGCUGGUGCUGAGCUCAGUGGGGACCAUCCGGGAGGCUCUUGCUCGCCGCUGGGGGGACUUCGCUGGGCGCCCCCCAAGUUACCUGGGGCGGCUGGUGUCGCGGGGGGGCCAGGACCUGGCACUGGGGGACGUGUGCCCGGGGUGGCAGCAGCAGCGGGGGGCGACGCGGGGGGCGCUGGCCCGGGCUCAGGGGCGACUCGAGCCCCUCCUGGCGCAGCAGGCGAAGGCGCUCUGCCAGGACCUGCGUUCUUAUGGGGGGGCACCCAUCGACGUCUUUGAGGCCUUCGCCUUCCACACCUGCAGCACCAUCUGCCUCCUCGUCUUUGGGGACCUGAUGCCCCCCGAGGCUGAGGUCCGGGCCUUCACCCGCUGCGUAAUGGAGCUGCUGGAGGUGUGGGGCAGGGCCAGCGUCCGGGUGCUCGACCUGCUGCCGCUGCUGCGGGUGCUGCCCAACCCAGGGCUGCGGCGGCUGCUUAGCCUGGUGGAGUGUCGUGACGCCUUCGUGGAGGCCCAGAUCCGGCGUCACAAGGCCUGCGCAUCGCCCCCUGGGGACACGGUGCUGGGGGCGCUGCUGGGGGGGGACCCCAGUGUCGGGGGGGGGGCACUGGGCCCCGACCGGCUGCACAUGGCCCUGGUUGACCUCUUCAUCGGUGGCACUGAGACGACAGCGGCCGCCCUGGCCUGGGCCGUGGCCUUCUUGCUGCACCGCCCUGAGGUGCAGGAGCGAGUGCGUGCAGAGCUGUGUCAGGAGCUGGGCCCCACGGGCACACCCCAGGUGGGGGACAUGGGACGCCUGCCCCUGCUCCGUGCCACCAUCACCGAGACCCUGCGCCUGCGGCCACCUGCACCCCUGGCCCUGCCCCACUGCACACGCCGCCACACCAGUGUUGGGGGUGUCCCUGUGCCAGCUGGCUCCAUCGUCAUCCCCAACCUCUUCGCUGCCCACCACGACCCUGAGACCUGGCAUCGUGCUGACGAAUUCCUGCCAGAGCGGUUCCUGGAGCCAGGGGCACCCUGGCGAGCGCUGGUACCUUUCGGCUGUGGAGCCCGAUCCUGCCUGGGUGAGGCAUUGGCACGAGCUGAGCUCUUUGUUUUCCUGGGCCACAUCCUGCAUCACUUCCGCCUGGAGCCACCGGUGCCUGGGGCCCUGCCCAAGCUGGGUGUGACAGCUGGCACUGUCCUGCGCUGCCCCCCAUUCUUUGUGCGCCUUGUGCCCUGCCAGCCCCCCACCCCCUGA